AUUCUUUCUUUUUGCCUUUCUUAUAUUGGGGACGCUUUUCAUUUUGGUUUCCCGCGCGCUCACUUCAAGAGACCAAGUCAAUUGAAUUGGACACAUUGGUUGGACAGGAUUAUCAGGACCAAAGCCCUAUUAAUUGAGUAAAUCAAUAACUUGCGCGCCGAUUACACCAUGACUGGUGAUAGUGAAAUGCGUAACAAUACCAGCAGCGCCAGUGAUGCCACCAAUGGCGGCAGCGGCGGUGGUACCAUUGAUGUCGAACACUAUAGGAAAUUGGUAAAGCAAUUCUGUGAUAUGAGGCGCUAUCAAACUGCAUUGUUUUGGGCCGAAAAAGUGUGCUGUCUAAGUCAAAAUGAUCCCAAAGAUGUCUACUGCCAGGCGCAGUGUAUGUUCCUACUAAAGGAAUACCAUCGUGCUGCACACACAAUACGCUACCAUAAAUUGGAAAAAACUCAUAUACCGUGCUAUAAUCUAUUGUUGGAAUGUCUGUACGAGGCGAAAGAAUACAACGAAGCUAUUGUGGUCAUUAAUACGGUGGAUAUUGAAUAUUUGGCAUCGUCAUUAAUCAAUCAACCAUUGGAUGGUGGUGGUAUGGAUGGACCAAGUUUGUUGUUCGGUGAAGAGGGAUGUAAAAAUGAAAUUUUGGCCUCAAUUAGUUUCCUAAAAGGUAAAAUUUACGAGGCAAUGGAUAAUCGUGGUUUGGCCAUGGAUUAUUAUGUACAAGCGUUGCACAAAUCCGUGUACUGUUAUGAAGCUUUGGAGGCUCUGGUGCAGCAUGAAAUGUUAAUGGCCUGGGAAGAGAAAGAACUAAUGCAACACUUGCCAUUGGAACAUCAAUCCUCUGAGUCGGAUGCCAAGUUUAUAAAGAAAUUAUAUGAAACAAAACUGAAAAAGUAUUAUGAAUCUAUUGGACCGAAUACAAAUGCUGAAGAGACUCCCAUUGGUAAUAUGAGCACAUUGAAAUCGAUAAAAGAGUUGAAUGAUAAAAUACAAAUGACUCGUAACUCGGAUGCUAGUAUUCAUAAAAAUGUACUGCCUAAAUUUAUGACACCAACACAAAAUCAAAUUUUGUCACCAGCCAAUAAAGUUCUUGAAGAUUUGAAGAUACCACCAUUCUCAUUGCAAGUCAGUUUAACCCGUGCCUCUUCCCUGAUAAACGAUUCACAGCGUUCCCAUAUGGAGACACCAAAUCGUAAUCGUUCUAAGGAUAGUGCGGAUAGUCCCACAUCAAUCUUGCUCUCAACUAGCAUGCAACGCAUACAAAAAAGUACAGACGUUAUGGCCGCUGAGGCAGAGAAACACUUCUACGACUGUGACUACAAGAAAAGUUUUAAACUUUUAAAUGAAUUGCUUAAAAUUGAUCCCUAUCACGAUGGUGCUCGUACGGUACAAAUUGGCUGUUUGGCUGAAUUUGGGGAUUACAAUAAACUCUUCUAUGUUGCUCACAAAUUGGUGGAUCGUUAUCCAGAUAAAGCCAUAUCAUGGUAUGCUGUUGGUUGCUAUUAUGAUAUGAUUGGUAAAAGUGAUCCUGCCAGACGUUACCUAUCCAAAGCUACCUCAUUAGACAGAUUGUAUGGUCCUGCUUGGUUAGCUUAUGGGCAUUCCUUUGCCAAAGAAAAUGAGCAUGACCAGGCCAUGGCAGCAUAUUUUAAAGCUACUCAGCUUAUGCGUGGUUGCCACUUACCAUUACUAUAUAUUGGUGUAGAAUGUGGCUUGGUUAAAAAUCUAGAGCUCGCGGAGAAAUUCUUCUAUCAAGCGAUGUCGAUUGCACCUCUGGACGUAUUUGUGUUACAUGAAUUGGGCGUUAUCAAAUACGAAUACGAAUUUUACGAAAGUGCUGAAGAAGUGUUCCGGACAACAGCCGAUAUUGUUACGAAUAGAGCCAAACAGAAUAAGGAAGAAGUUUCGGCCAGAUGGGAGCCGCUGUUUAAUAAUCUGGGACAUUGUUGUCGCAAGAAUAAGAAAUACAAGGAGGCAUUAGAAUAUCAUCAAUAUGCCUUGCUUUUGAACCCCAACACACCACAAACACUUACAGACAUUGGUUUUGUUUAUGCCCUUAUGGGCAAUUUGGAAGAGGCUAUUACAUAUUUCCAUAAGAGUUUGGCCUUAAACCGUGAUUGCAUUGUUACCUCCACGAUUCUGAAGACCUGCAUAGAAGAUCUAAUGGAUGAUGAAUCAAUAAUAGAUGAAAUCUAUGGCAAACAAGCCUGGGAUAGCUAUUCUGCUCACAAAAUACCCAAAGCUCCCAAUCAAUUUCCAACAAUCGAAGAGGAAGAUUCGCCUUCAGUUAAAUUCACUGGCAUGAAAUUGAAAUUUGAUGAUGAAGAUAUAUCAACAAACUCUGAUAAUAUUGAUCCCAAUGUUAUUAUGGAUAUGAGUAUGGAUAUUUAAGCAAUACAUUUUUGAGUAUGCCUAUAGACUGAGUAAAAGAGAUCAAGGGUAAGAGGUUUAAGUUUAUAUAAGUUAUCUACAAAGUAGUAAUCGAAUGUUUGUAUGAUUGAAAAAAGAAAUAAAA